AUGGACAAGUGCUUAUUGGCCUUCAACAUCACAUUCCAUCCGAUCUACCGCUUCUCGCAAUUCUAUACGCUCGCCGUCUCGUUGGCGGCCGUCUAUCCGCUCGCGUUUUUGAUCUACCGCCAAUUGUGGCGCUCGAUAUUCCACGGCAAUCUCAAAGCGUUGCUCAUCGCCUAUUUCAGCCAAAUUCUCUUCUCGGCGCUCCUCAACUCGAUCAUCUUCGCGCAUCACUCGCUUCAACCGCUCGUCGCCGAUUCGCCAUGCGAUCUGCUCAUUUCGAAACCGCUGUUUCAAGUGCUCCAACCGUUAGCGGUGCUCGCCAUUUCGAGCCCGACGCUCGUCACCCUGGCCAUCUCAAUAGAGCGCGUUAUCACCUUGAUCUUCGCCGAUUGCUAUGAGCACCAUCGUGUUCUCAUCGGACCCCUUCUAUUGCUAUUCAUAGGUCUCAUCGAGCUCCUCUUGAUCUACCAUCUCUUCAAAGAUGAGACAUUCGACGAUCACUUGAUAUCAUUCCUAAUGACGCCGUCGACAUCAGCCAACGGUCUCAACGUCUUCUUUUGGUCGCUGUUCUCAGCGAAUUCUGCAAAUUUGGUCGUCAAUUGCACUCUUCUCUAUUGCACGAAUUGCUUAGCAAAAAGACGUCGCGGCUCUUUAAGCACCCGUUUUCAGAUGGAGGAGCUCAUCGUGACGACGAAAUUCACCGUCUGCGUCUCGCUUAUUCACGUCCUCUUUUUCGCCGUCUAUUUGUCGUGUAUUCUUGCGGUUCGCACGCUCGGCGAGCGCUAUUUCGCCAAUUAUAUUAAUUAUAUGGUCGCUCGUGGGAUAUUCAAUACAGUUCCCACCUACAAUCUACUAAUUGGUCCCGUCGCGAUAUUUUGGUUGGAUCGUUUAAGCAAACUGCGCUCGCGGCGCGUCCAACACGAGGUGCAAAUCAAGUACGGCGGCAAAGAAGGCGCGUUGAAGCACGAUCUCGCAAUUCAAAAAUAUUGGAACUCUGUCAUUUUAUAA